AUGUCCACCGAACAACAGCAAAAGCCAAAGCAUAUCCGAUGCACUAUUAUCGGAGCAGGGGUAUCUGGUAUUCUGAUGGCAUAUAAGCUGAAAAGCCAUCUCAAUGACUACGUGACCUUUCGGAUUUUCGAAAAGUCGCCAGACCUUGGUGGCACAUGGUUUGAGAACAAGUAUCCCGGCUGCGCCUGUGACGUCCCGAGUCAUUGCUAUCAAUAUUCCUUUGCUCCAAACCCUUCAUGGUCGAAAUUCUACGCAUCAUCUGAUGAGAUUCAAGGCUACUUGAAGGGAGUCGCUAAGCACUUUGAUCUCGAGCGAUACAUCUCCUUCAACACCAAGGUUGUCUCAGCACGCUGGUCUGAAAGUGAUAGUACCUGGACGGUAGAGUUAGAAGAUGGUUCCCUCGUGACAUCAGAAAUUCUAUUCAAUGCUGGGGGUAUACUCAACCACCCUCAAAUCCCCAACAUUGAGGGACUUUCCGACUUUACAGGCCCGCUACUGCAUACUGCAUCAUGGGACCAUUCGAUUGACCUUCGAGGUAAAUGUGUCGGCGUCAUUGGUGCGGGAGCUAGUUCGAUCCAAUUAGUUCCUUCGAUACAGCCUCUGGUCCAAGAUAUGAAAGUAUUUAUUCGCACACCUUCCUGGAUUGCGCCGCCCGUAGCUUUGCCUGACCCCAAUGCGACGAACUACACUUAUACCACAGAAGAGAAGGCAAUCUUCGAGGCAAAGAAGGAUGUAUAUCUCGAUACUAGAAAGGAACUGGAGGAUCAAUUCAACGGGAUGUUCCGCCUCUUUCUUAAGUCGAGUCCGGAACAAAAGAGAACACGCGCCAUGUUCGAGUCACGGAUGAAGCAGCUGAUCCCCGACCAAGACCUCCAGAAGAAGCUGAUACCUCCAUUCGAGGCAGGUUGUCGAAGGAUCAACCCUGGAGAAGGUUUUCUUACAGCCCUGCAGAAGCCGAAUGUUGAGCCAGUAUUCGACCCGAUCGAAAGAGUGACCCGUGGUGGCAUCGUGGCCGGUGGCAAGGAAUAUCCAGCAGAUGUCUUGGUGGCAGCUACAGGCUUCAACACCACCUUCCGGCCUCGUUUUCCUAUAAUCGGUCGCAAUGGUACCAACCUUCAAGAUGCAUGGCAAGAACACCCUGAAUCUUAUCUGGGUCUCGGUGUUGCAGGCUUUCCCAACUACUUUAUUUUCUUGGGACCGAACACUCCGAUCUCAAAUGGAAGCUUGAUGGGUUCUGUGGAAGCGACCGCCGACUACUUCAUUCGUCUUCUUCACAAGAUGAUUCGACAACGUGUCAAUUCGUUUGAAGUGCGAGUUGAUGCCCAGAAUGACUUCAACAAUCACACACAGAAGGUCAUGCAAGACAUGGUGUGGACAGGAACGUGUCGUAGUUGGUACAAGCAGGGCACAAACGGAAAGGUAACUGGACUCUGGCCAGGCAGUUCACUGCAUUACAUCCAGGUCCUCUCCGAAGAUCGCUGGGAAGAUUAUGAAUGGACCCAUGAAUCAGAGAGGUACAGCUACUGGGGCCAUGGCCUGUCAUGGAUAGAGGAGCCUGGCCUUGAUCCACUGGGCGCAUCUAAGCAGGACAUGAUUGAGGCGAUGACAACGCUGCCAAAGAAGGACUCUGACUUGAGCUUCUAUUUGUGGGAGAGCAGUCCUCUGCCUGAAACCUGCUUUUCAAGUGGGCAGUCGGAGGAGAUAGCCCAGGAUGGCAAUGACUUGGCAUGGAAGAAUGUCUUGCAAACGACCACGCCUGCAGAUGUCGACAAACAUGCCGCCGUAGCUUGCAUUACUGUACAAGUUUAG